ACCAAAACCCGGAAGUGAUUUGUUUAUUUCACACGCAGCUGCUGUAACGCCUCUGUGCUCUGUUCUGGGUGGAGAAGAGCAGCAGUAAUGGGGAACAUCAUUUCCAGGUGGAAGGCGAAACCUUCCACGGUGGACCGUCUGGAGGAGUUGGAUAAGGAAAUUAAAGAUCUCGAGGAGUUCCGUGGGAAGAACCAGCGCAUGCAGAAGAUCUGGGUUGGCCGACUGCUCUUCUACUCGGCCGCUCUGUACCUGUUCACUUGCGUGUGUGUUUAUUACCUUUACCUGCCUGAAGAGUGGAGCGGACGGCUCAUCACCGCCCUGCCUCUGAUCGCCUUCCCAGCCCUUGUGUGGUUCGCACGCAAGCUGCUAAUCAUCCUCUUCUCCAAACGCACAGAAAGAAACAAUGAAAAAUUAGAGGAUUUAAAGUCUGAGAAAAGAAAAAUACUUGAAGAAGUGAUGGAAACUGAGACCUACAAAAACGCCAAGUUGAUUCUGGAACGGUUCGACCCGGAGUCAAAGAACAAAACGGAAGCGCAAGCUACUCCAGUUCGACCCCAAAUGAUUCUGAAACCAGGACAAGAGGUUCGGCAGCGUCAUGUUGCCAUGGCCACACCCGGGCCCAUGCCUCGCCCGCAACCACCUGGAGCCACGCCCCUCCGUGCUGCCCCUGGUGGCCCUCCUGAGCAUCUUCUUGGAGCUUCAGCAUCAAGUCCGGCACCGAGCAGCAGUGUAGAGACGCCACCACAAAUGAGGAGGAGUAUGAGCCCUUAUUCACCUGCGCUGGGAACAGGCAUGCAUCCACCAGGUCCACCCAUGGUGCGACCCAUCCUCCCCCGAGAACGCAGUGCAGUGGACCGGGUCAUCGAGUACCUGGUGGGAGAUGGACCUCAAAACAGAUACGCUCUGAUUUGCCAGCAGUGUUUCUCUCAUAACGGUAUGGCCUUGAAGGAGGAGUUUGAAUAUUUAGCCUUUCGCUGUGCCUACUGCUACUUCAUGAACCCAGCGAGGAAAACGCGGCCACAAGCCCCCAAACUCCCAGAGUUCAACUUUGAACGCCGACUCCGCUCGGAGUCCCCUGACCCACAAUCCUCAGCGGCAUCAAACACUCCAGAGGAUAGCGACGCCCAUGAAGAAAAUGUAACGUUAAGUCAUCGCCCCAAUUCCUCACAGUGUGUUACACCACGGAGCAAAGUUCACAAUUUCAGCCAAGAACACACAGAUGAUGUGGAGCCCGCUAAACCUGCUGAUAAACCAGAGCCGGAGGUAGAUAUCGCCCCGCCCACAAGCGAUGGAGGAGAGGAUUUGCCCCGCCCUGAAGAAGGCCCCACCCCUUGCGAGUAAAAAGCUCCGAUUUGAGUUCAGCUGCAGCUUUGAAUGUUUUUGCAAAUUUUAAGCAGCCUUUAAUUUAUUUCCUGGUAUCUCUUCUGCUGAAAUGUACUUGCACUAGGGUUUUCUUUUUGCCAAGUUCUAGUAUUAACUGAAAUGAAAGGGGAAACGUGCACUCCUUUGAGCUUUGCUAUCUCCUGUGUAUUGUAUUUAACACAGUCUCACGAGCCAAUAGGAGGUUCUGUAGACAUGGAACUGUCUGAAUAGGAAAGAGAGUGUGUGUGUGUGUGUUUACAGUUUCCGUUUGAACUUGUAAGUUAUUUUGAUCAAUUUGCUGCCAGUUGCACUUGUUUAUUUAAGUUUUACAUCGGUCUUGAUUCUUUUCUGGUUAGUUAUUUUUAAAUGCUUAUACCGUAGGUAUUUUUUAAAUGUUUGGUGCCUUUAUGUAAAAAAAAAAAAAAAAAGAGCAUUGCUGAGACUCAGAUGCUGUUUACACCUGAUCGUUUCACGAUUGUAUCCUACCUAAUGCAAAUUGAACUGUUUACACUUCAGAUUAAAAUCUGAUCACUGCAUUGCAUUAAUAUCCUCUGCCAACAACAACAACAACAACUUCUUCUUGUUCCUUAUUUUCUGGGAAAAAUUAAAUUUGCUACAUCAAAAAUACCACCCUAAUAUGUACGUAUUUGAGUAUAAACACACCUGCACAUUUUGACAUAAAGUAAUCCGGCUAUUCAAAAUGCAUGAAAUGAUGAGGCGUAAACAAUAAACAAAGUCAAAGGUUAUUUUAAAGUACUACUACAAAGCUACACAGCAAGACUCGAUGACAGAAGCUUGUGAAAUGUUCAACACGUGUGUUUACUAUAGUCUCAGUUAGAACAUCAGAAUCGAGCUGUGGUAUCGUUUCAGCAGCUCGUGAUCGAUUAAAUGUGUCUGAUUUAUUAAAUAUGUAAUUAGAUUUUGGUGUCUGAUUUAUGAAUUUUGUAUUAAAUGAUCCUCCCAGCUCUGGCUGUUCUACAGUACCAUGGUGUGUGUCAGUGUAUACUGUACACAGGGAGCAUGUCCUAUUAGAAAAGCUGAAGAAACACUACAGCUUUUAUUUUGUGCAGUUUGUGUCUCGGUGCAUGCAGAACCUCGACAACUGUCUGUCUGUGUAUACAAUAAAGGUCCUUUUCUAAA